AAAUUCGAUUGAGUCUGCAGCAGCGGAUGAAGCUUCAAACUAUCGCACUAGCACAGAUGUGCCUUUACAAAAUGUGAAAAGCAUUGCUGUGCCCGAGGACUGCUCCCAACGCAAUAAGAAAGCGGAACAGCCGCUACAUACUAAAAAUUCGAGACUGAAGAAAUGCUGCCCCCAUGGCGAGGGCUUAAGUAUUUUCCGUGAGAAUCAAACCGAUGAAUUUUGCGAUUCGACAAAUUUUCAUUUUGAGCCCAGUAUUAUAAGCGCAAUUCUAUAUGACAAUUGUAUUGAGGAUGAUGAGGCUGUGGUGGAGUUGCAGUAUGAAAUUGGGAAUCCCUGCAAUUCGUCCUUAAUUUACAAUGACGAAGAUGAUACAUUUUUGGUUUUACAAGAUGGCUCACUGCUCAUCAUGGACAAAUAUGGAAACGACAGUUACACAGUGGAAAAAUACUAUUGCCUCGAUAUGGACAAUGUGUCCGGCAUAACCUAUGCCAUCACCUGCAUUACAGCUAUUGAGGAACAUUUGAAGCGUGGUCAAAUGAUUGCCAUUGCCGCCCUCAUGCUCGUGUCCAUACCAUGUUUAUUGAUUGUCAGCUACUUGCAUAUAAGACUGAAAGAACUGCGUACAGUGCAUGGCCUGUGUUUGAGUCUGUUGUCAAUGUGCUUGGCAAUGGGCUAUUUUCUUCACUCGUUGGUGCAUAUUUUCAAGAUUGAUUCCAAGAAUACGGGUUACGUGAUACAAUUUUUUAUGUUAUCCUACUUUAUAUGGUUCUUUUGUCUCUGCUGGAAUGUACUGGUGAAUAUUUGGUAUCGAAUCCCAAUGAACAAAAGGCGUACGAAAGUACAAACGUGGUUGGUUUUUGGCGUAAAUCUUUUAAUCUGUUGCACCAUAGCAGGAUCAUUAGUUGCUAUGACUGUGCAUAAAGGAUUACCCGGUAUGCCAUCCUACUUUAUGCAGGGUUUGACAGCGUCCAUUCGCGAGUCUCAACGUUACUUCAUACCGCCAGUAUCCUCAUUUCUUUUCUUAUCAUUUAUCGUGAUGAUGAUAUCCUUCUUCGGUUUUCAAAGGAUUAAGAAGCGUAAAUCAGAUACAUCAGCCAAAAAUAGUAGUAAAAAUGGAACGCUUUAUACGAAUGUAGCUACAGAAAUCGAUGAAAUGAAGUAUGAAGAAGUAAAAAAAGAUGCCAAAUGCAUAAGCUUCUUGGGCGUUAUUCUUAUAGUGUCUUGGCUUUUGGAAAUCGUUACAUUCUAUUCACCUGGCCCAGAAGCCUAUCUUAUGGUCAUGGAAAUGGUUAAUGGCCUGCAGGGUGUAUUCAUUUUGUUGAUAUUCGUUGUUGUACGACGCAGGCGCACCAUAAUUUUGAGAUGGUGGUACGAUAGGGGAUCUCAUAAUGUUGAAGAUGUCGAACUUACAGCGAUCAAUAAGUAAAAAAAAAAAAUCGAAUUUGCGCAUUUAGAUUAUUGUUUAAAACACAUAUGUACAUACAUAUGCAAUUAGUAUAGGCAAAGAUACAUAUGUUCAUAUGCAUAGAUUUACAUAUAUAUGCAUCUAAAAGAUUAUAGACAAAUUUUACAAUAAGUUUUAUAUAACUUUUUUACGUAAACUCUAUCAAAUUCUUUCA